CACGUGGGAAUAGCAAGCGUCUUCAAUUUCGUAGAGCAUUGGUAAAUGUGAAGUCUAAAAUACGUUUUAUUCUCUACGUUUGCUGUGGACUGUCGGAAGUUAUUGUACUUUUUCAUUUCGUUGUGUUUAGCGUAGCAGCAGAUCUUCCCUCACUAGAAUACCAUGGAAGCAUUCAACGAUGAAGUCCUAAUCGGAGGUGCGCAGAUGGAAAAUACCGAGAAGGGCUGUCCUGUCUGCGGUGCGGAGGAUAGGCGCACCAUAUCUGUCCCAGCAGGAACACUGCCUAAGUCCUUAGAGUUAAAAAUUAGAUGUCAGAGGAAACGUGAAAUUUACGGCCAGUUGUCCGUGGACUCUCUUGUGUGUAAGUACAAGGGAGGGCUGUCGAAAGAGGAAUACAGGGCUAAACUACAGGCAAUGAGGCGAGAAGACCUUAUAAAGAUUAAAAAACAAAUCGAUGAAGAAUUGCGCGCAGCCUUGGAAAGAAGAAAGCGACCACUCGCUGCGCGAAUGUUUAGAACAAGGCAUAAUAAACCUGAACUGCAAAUUGGAGGUUGUGUGUGUCACGAAAUGGAGAAUGUGAAGCAAAAAUGGCGGAAGUUUAAAAACGAUGUUACAUUGGCAAACAAUGAACGUGUCGAGGAUGUUAGGAAGUGGUUAGAAGAAAAAGCGGUAAUUUCAUAAGUUUUUUUUUUUUUUUUCUUUUAUAAACUUCUCUCAAAUUCAACCAAGUUGUUGGUUGUUUAGUGACUGGCAUUUUUAUGCCCCUACUGAUGGUGUUGUGUGAAACGUCAAAUGUGAACAUUCUGAAAAAAUACAUUUAACUUCUCUAGUGUUUUAAUGCUCUAAUUAUAACAGUAUUAAUUCUCUUUGUGUGUUUAUUUGUUCUCCACCAACUGUCCAUGUGGCUAGCUAAUUGGUAAUAGUUGAAGCUGUUUGGGAAUUCACCACUACAGAGAAUCAGUUUACUGUAAUGUAAUAGUAAUCCUAAAAUGCUUCCAUCGUAUAUUGUAAUAAUUUUGAUUUAGCAACGUAUCAAACUUUUUGCUUCUAGCAAGUGUACAAUGUUCAAAAUGCUCGUUGCGCAAAGAUUUGACUUUAAGGCCAAGGUCUAUGGUUUUUAAAUUUAAUAAUUACUUCAUGUUCCCGAGAGGAAAUCAACAAGUAUUAGCAAAUUCUGAUACACAAAACAUGACUUUUAUAGCUGUGGUAUAUUUGUGUGACAUUAAGUUCGGUUUAGAUAUAUAGCCAAAAAUGGGCCAAUUGAAAUGUUGCGUACGAUUCGUUGGUAUUAACUGGUGACGUACUGCUAACGGAUCUGUCACCCGUUUUGUUAGUUUUUGAAGCAAACGAAUGUGGAAAAAAAAAGUGGGGGGGGGGGGAGGAGAGGAAAAGUAGUUUUGGUGAUACAUUGAUUGAUCUGUACCUUAGCACGAGUUUGGUUGUCAGUUGGU